AUGUAUUCGUACUGAUACUGGUGUACGUCUUAGAAAAGUGAGUUCUGUCGAUUAUGAAUAAAUGAUAUUUGUAUAUUCAAUACUGUUGUUACAGAUAAAUUAGCCAACCAAAAAUCAUGUCUAGAUUCAAGAACAAAUGAGAAGACGAUGUGAAUCAUUACGUGUUUAUUUGUGUUUUCCACAAAUUUCAUUUGCCAAGUUUUACUUCUGGCUAAAACGACAGCUCAUUAUUUACUGUAUCUGAUUUCCUGACUUUGCUUUUGUUUUACAGGAAUUCUGUUGUAAAGGAGUCACAAACAACAUCAGAAACAACUAUUCGUCUUCGAGGUAGAGAAAUGGAUUUACCAUAUGGAAGAGGUGGAUCCGGUGAUGAAGAAGCUUCCGACUCUCGAAAGGGCAAGAAGCAAUAUCAUCGUCACUCUGCACAACAAAUUCAGCAUCUUGAAACGUUUUUUAAGGAAUGCCCACACCCUGAUGAUAAUCAGAGACGUCAAUUGAGCACCGAACUAGGCCUUGAUCCUAAGCAGAUAAAGUUCUGGUUCCAAAACAAAAGGACUCAGAAAAAGGCUCAGAAUGAGAGAGCUGACAACAACGCCCUUCGGGCUGAAAACGAAAGAAUUCAUUGUGAGAAUCUUGCAAUGCGAGAGGCGCUGAAAAACAUCAUGUGUCCGGCUUGUCAUGGUGCGGCUCUUGGGGAUGAAGAGAGCCAGCAGAGUUUACAGAUGUUGAGGAUGGAAAAUGCACGUCUGAAAGAGGAGGUGCAUGAAAGAACGAUGGGGUUCUUUUCCAAUUACGUGGAGAAUUCAAACAUGCCACCUGGUACUGAGAACUUGUCGAAUGUUCCUGGAAAUAGUUUUCCUGGCAAACGUGUGGAAACUACAGUCCCUCUUGAUCAUGAACAAAUACCGAGACAUCCAGAGAUGAUCAAUUCACCUUAUAAUCCGAGUGGGAUAAAAGAGAUGGAUAAAUCCAUCAUCGUCGAGACAGCCAUUGCAGCCAUGGAUGAGCUGGUGGAGCUAUUACGUAUGAAAGAACCAGUGUGGGUCACUUCUCCAUCUGAUGGGAGAUAUAUGCUGCACCGCGACAGUUACGAUAAGCUUUUCCCUAAGCCCAAUCAUUUUAAAUCUUCUAGUGCUAGAAUGGAAUCAUCGAAAGACUCCGGCGAGGUGGCAGCGCCGGCAAUUAAUUUAGUCGAAAUGCUUCUUGAUUCGAAUAAGUGGAAGGACAUGUUUCCAACUAUUGUUACAAAAGCAAGGACCAUUGAUGUACUUGAUACUGGAAGUUUCGGCGGUUCUUUACAUUUGAUGUAUGAGAAAAUGCACAUUCUGUCACCUCUUGUGGCUCCUCGUGAAUUCUUUUUCAUUCGGUAUUGCCGACAGCUUAGUGCAAGUAGUUGGGUGAUGGUAGAUGUUUCCUACGAUUUCAUCAAACAGAUCCAAGAUGCUGCCCCUACUCGCUCCUGGAAACUUCCUUCAGGGUUUAUGAUUGAGGAGAUUUCAAAUGAAAAAUCAAACAUUACAUGGAUCGAGCAUAUUCAAGUGGACGAUAAAACGCUGACUCAUCGUCUCUAUAGAGACUUGGUAUGCGGUUGUCAAGCAUACGGAGCCAGAAGGUGGAUAGCUACACUUCAAAGGAUGUGUGAGAGGUUUACAUAUUCAACCGGGCUAACUGCUAGACCCACACAUGAACUUGAAGGAGUCAUUGACUCAUCUGAAGGUCGGAGAAACCUAAUGAAGCUAUCUCACAGAAUGAUAAAGAACUUUUGUGAAGUAUUGGGAAUGUCAGACAGACUCGACUUUCCUUACUUGUCAGAACUCAAUAAUAGUGGAGUUCGAGUCUCGCUUCGGAAAAGCGACGGACAAGGACAACCUGACGGUUUGAUUGUCAGUGCAGCGACCUCUCUCUGGCUUCCGUUUUCAAUUGAGAAUCUCUUUAAGUUCUUUAGAGAUGAGAAGAAAAGAGCCCAGUGGGAUAUCUUAUCGAGUGGAAAUCCUGUGAACGCAAUUGCACGCAUCUCGACUGGCGCAGAUCCUGGAAAUUGCAUCUCUGUUAUCCAGCCGUUUGUGCCGAAAGAGAACAUAUUAAUACUUCAAGAGAGUAUCAUAGACUCCUUGGGGGCAACUAUAGUAUACGCCCCGAUAGAUUUGCCAGCUGUCAGUUCAGUUGUGAACGGUGAGGACACUAUGAAGAUCCCGAUCCUACCCUCGGGAUUCAUAAUCUCGAGCGAUGGCCGUUUCACGAGCAACAAGGGAAGUGGAGCUUCUGCAGCAACUAGUUCAAGCACACCAAGCGGCUCCCUCUUAACGGUCGCUUUCCAGAUAUUGGUGUGCUGCAGCUCUCGUUCGAAGCAGCUAAACAUGGAGUCAGUUGCCACUGUGCACACUCUCAUAAGCUCCACAAUUCAAAAGAUUAAAGUCGCUCUUGAGUGCCCGGACUUGGAAUGAAGAAUAAUAUGGCGUUAUCUAUUUAUGCUCGGCAUUUUAUUUUUAUUUUUUAUUUUCGUGCUCUUAUAUGUUAGCAUAACUUGACUUUUGUGUUGAAGAAUUUAGACUGUGAGAUCAAUUUGCUCUAACUAUUCGUGUUUUUAAUUGUGGCGAGAGACAUGUAAUUCGACUUUUGAUUUUGAGAAUGUUUACAAAAUUAACCUCAUCUAGUUAUACUCUUUAGUUUUGAAGGCAUAU